ACUCGCUCGAUCUCAGAGAGCCGCGCGCGAAUAUGUAGAUAUCUGGGUUCACAAUACAAUUUAACUGCAAUUUCUUCCACUACAUAAAUAAAUACAUUCUAUCUUUCGGUUAGCAGUUAAUAAUAGUGAAUAGUCAAUAUGACGGUUAGUGGAUGCUCAGAGUCUAAAGGACAUACAAGAGUGCAAUGGGCGGUCACAAUUUUGUGCAACAUGUCACUCCUUACAUACGGCCUGCAAUGCGGCUGGGUAUCGCCCAUGACAAAAAUUCUGCAGUCACAAGAAUCUCCCACUGGGAGACCACUGACUGAUACAGAAAUAUCUUGGAUAGCUAGUGCACCAGCCCUAGCUGGAGUGGCCGGAGUAGUGCUGUUCCUACCAUUUGUGGACAGAUACGGCAGGAAACUUAGCAUCAUAAUCAUGAACUUCCUUCAAGCUUUCGUUUGGAUAAUCAAACUGAUGCCCGCUAGUACCUCCAGCCUCAUAGUAGCCAGAGUAUUCUGUGGACUUGCUGGAGGAGGCUGCUUCCACAUCGUUCCUAUGUAUAUCAAGGAGAUUGCCCAGGACAGCAUCCGUGGCACUCUGGCAUCCAUAUUCGUGUUGGCGCAAAGUGCGGGGAUCUUCAUGAUGUACGCGAUGGGAGGAUUUCUAGAUUACUAUACAGUUCUCUGGAUCGUUGUGGGAAUCCCAAUUCUGACUUUGGGUCUUUUCUGCAAAGCUCCUGAAUCUCCUUCCUUCUUAGUCUCGGUGGGCAAAACUGAUGAAGCAGCCGCUACUCUCGCUCUGUUGAGGGGAAUGGAUGUCGAAGACAAGGAAAUACAAAAAGAACUCGACGAUAUCAAGAGAGACGAUGAAUAUUUCAAAUCUAUUCCUGACAUUUCUAUUAUUACAGUGUUCAAAACAAAAGCAUGGCGGAAAGCUUUUCUCAUCAUGGUUAUGGUGAUCCUGGUUCACGCCACAAACGGAGGGUAUUCUAUCUUGAACUACGCUUCGAUCCUGCUGUCAGACUCAGGAGUGACAAUCAGUCCUGAGCUGCAGUCACUAAGCAUUCCUAUAUGUAUGAUAGUGGGUUCGUUGAUGACCAUGGCGACGAUUGAUCGGCUUGGCAGAAAGCCGAUCCUUGGAAUAGCGUUCAGCACGUCAGCAGUAGCAUUUGCCUCUAUUGCAACGUCCAUAUUGCUGAAGAGGUUCGGGUAUUCGACUCCCGGGUGGAUCAACGUUACCAUGCUGAUGAUCUGCGUCUGUUGCUACGGCGGCGGCGUCUCUCCCAUACCGUUCAUUGUGAUGCCUGAAAUAUUCAAUUUCCAGAUUCGCGCAAAACUGAUUGGCUACCUGGUAAUGCUUGCGUGGUUCAUGGGUUUCAUCCAACUCCUCGCGUUUGGAGUCCUCACCAGCAGCUACGGAGCUCACGUGGGCUUCUUCAUCUUUGUGGGCCUCAACAUCUUGGGCACUGUGGUCGCCCUGGUGAUCAUGCCAGAGACCAAAGGGAAGACUGUGGAGCAGAUAGAGAGGGAAUUAGCGGGAGAAGUUGCUAAAGACGUAGAAAAAGAAGUCUAUUAGUGACGGUCUUUGGGGUUUAAUCCUACUACAAAGCAUUCAUUAUGACAAAUUUUUAUUUUUAUUUAGCAAAAUUGGUGUGUAUAUAAAUAUGAUAUUUUGGAAUGUAUAAAGGAUAGAUUUUAUAUUUAAAUAACUUCCUCAACGAAGUAUCAAACUCGUGAAUAAAUGGAAUAUUUUUGAUAGUA